CGGAAGUCACCGAGAGCUUCGCCUGCGUGAUCUUGGCCUCAAGGCAUCGACAUCGUCAACGUCCUCGACACUAAAAAUCCGACAAAAUGGGUCGUGUUCGUACUAAAACCACCAAGAGGGCUGCCCGUGUGCUCAUCGAAAAAUACUACCCCCGCCUCACCCUCGACUUCCAUACCAACAAGCGCAUCAUCGAUGAAGUUGCUGUGGUCCCCUCCAAGCGCCUCCGGAACAAGGUCUCCGGCUUCACUACCCACUUGAUGAAGCGUAUCCAGCGCGGGCCCGUCCGUGGUAUUUCGUUCAAGCUCCAGGAGGAGGAGCGCGAGCGAAAGGAUAACUACGUGCCUGAGGUGUCUGCUCUUGACACGAGCGCAACAGGCUUGGAGAUUGACAAGGAUACCUCUGAACUUCUCAAGGCACUCAAUUUCGACUCCAUCCCUGUGACCAUCGUACAGACUGUUAUCCAGCAACCAGAGCGUCCUCGGCGGGAGAGGCGCAACGUCCCUGGCGCUGGGCGGUAAUUUGUAUAUUCUAGGUCUUACACAUAGGCUCAUGUCAUGCCACGCCAUGCAUAUGCACGCGAUUACAACUAUUCUGGCUCCUUUACUUUUCUCCUACCACAAUUUUGCCCAUAAAUCAGGCUGUCAACCCUUGAACGUUUGUCAAGCUGCAGGCAAGUCUUUAGUCGUGUGCCAUGCAUACAAGGAGUUCUUCCAAAACGCAUUUGUAUUGAUAUGAAUCAACGGAGGAAACCGCGUUUAUAAUUUAAAGGUUAGCCUGGCUAGUGCGGAAUUGCAGCUACAGCUGUAAUAUGAAUUCGCAUAAACAAAGCGUUUUUCUCCUUCCGAAUGUGAUAUUUUCCCAUUUAUGCCCAACAACUUCAGGUGCUAACUGCCAAGUGCCUUGAUAGCCAUCUCA